UGCGAGCGCCGAGGUUUUGCUGUCAAAUUCCGGGAGUGCGGAAGUGGCCCCGUGGUGCUGCCUCUAACCGUUCAGAAGUCAACUCCUUUUCUACACGAAAAGCUAGGCCUCAGACCGCUAUGGAUGGGCAGCAAGGGCAACCAAGCCAAGCAUCGCUGGCACUCGCCCAAGCUCACUUCAACAAGGGCGAAUACGCGGAAGCCGAGACGCUGUACUCCGCUUACAUUCGCCAGUGCGCCUGUGCAGGCUCCGAGGGAGCUGCGCCCGUGAGCAAAUGCAGCCCGGAGGAUUUGGCUACUGCGUAUAACAACAGGGGGCAAAUCAAGUACUUGAGGGUUGAUUUUUAUGAAGCCAUGGAUGACUACACAUCUGCCAUACGAGUCCAGCCCACGUUCGAAGUUCCGUAUUACAACAGAGGGUUGAUAUUGUAUAGGCUGGGAUACUUUGAUGAUGCUUUGGAAGAUUUCAAGAAGGUAUUAGACUUAAAUCCUGGAUUCCAAGAUGCUACCUUGAGCUUAAAACAGACUAUUCUAGACAAAGAAGAAAAACAAAGAAGAAUUAAUGAAAAAAAUUAUUGAAAGUUUUAGCAUAAUUGAAAUAUUAACUCAUGAUCCUUAUACCUGGCAUCUCGUUGCUUGUAAUGUCAAGUUAGGUGUUGAGCUAUUUCGAUUUCUAUUUAAGGUAGAGAUUCAUUAUUAGCACCGAAAGUUAAGUGAUGUAUUUAAAGUAGUUAAUUUCAGAUUGAGUAACUAUGUUGAAUAAGUUGCUUUUUAUAAAGUGUAAAUAAAUAAUACCAAGGUAUAGUGUGUUAUUACAGUAAAAUAUUUAAAGAAGAGUGUGGCAUUUUCUUCAGUAAAACUAUAUUUUUUGUUGUUUUCUAUUCUCAACUUUGUAUUUAAAAAAUUUGGCAUUUACAGAAAAGUUGAAGUACAAUACAACGAACAUCUAUAAACUCUUCACUUGGAUUCGCUAGUUGUUACCAUUGGACCACAUUUGCUUUCUCUCUAUAUUUAAAUAUAUAAAUUUUGCUAAACCAUUUGAAAAGAAGUUGCAGAUAUCCCAAUACUUUACCCCUAAAUGUUUCAGUCUGCAGCUUCUAAGAAUCGAGACAUCCUCCACUGCAGCUGCAAUACCAUUAUAGUACCUCAUAAAAUUAAUAAUUCUAUAAUAUCGUCCAUACCCAGCCCGUGUUCGAAUUUCCCUGAUUGCUUCCACCGUGUCUCACGUAGCUUUUUAUUUCUGGACCUGGAAUGAAUCAAGUUACGUUGCCUUUUGUUGUUGUAUCUCUUUGAGUUCUUCUAAUCUAGAAUAAU